AUGGAUCGACCAGCCUAUCAGAGGUCCCUUCUAAGCUCCCUUGAAUCUGGGGAAUUCUUGGACUUGACGGUCCGCUGCGGUGAUCGUGAGUGGAAGCUUCACAAGCUUGUUAUGUGUUCGGGGUCAGUGUGGUUCAAAACGGCCUUCACCAACAGCUUCGUCGAAGCUAGUACGAAUGAAGUCACUCUACAGAAUGUCAACUCCACACAUUUCGGGUGGCUCGUCCUGUACCUCUACAGCGGAAGCCUCAAUGGUAUCGAUGAGCUCGAGGAAGAAGAGCAAUUGCCGUUGCAUGCCGCUCAACUCUACAUGGUUGCUGACUAUUUCGUCGUUGACGACCUCAAAAAUGCAAUCACAGCACAUCUCGAAGAGCAUUUCACCAACAAAGGUCAUGAGGUGCAACGCCUCUGCUACCUGAACAAAGAGAGACCCAACGACGAUCAAGAGCCUCUGUUGAGCGAGGAAUACGUUGGAGGGCUCAGGAUUGCCAUGGAGUAUGUUUUUGACGAUCGACGACAGAAGGUGCUGUCUCAACUUCAUCAGACCUAUUGCACUCUGGUCACCGCAUCCUCGUGGCUCCUCCUGACUGAGGACCCAUUCGAAAGCAUGAUUUCCCAGUAUCCUGCUCUAGUUUCGCUUGUGUUUCAAUCAUUGAUGCACGGAUUUGGCAUGAAAAAAGCCAUCCUUCUUCUACCAUUUCAGUGUAAGAAGUGCGACAAGCCAAUUGGAACUUCGCCAACUUCAGUCAUGGCAUCACGGUCAAUCGGUGUCUCCAAACCUCGAAGCGGUAUAGCGGACAGUAUGAAGACAAAGGGUACCUGCUUCUCAUGCAAGAACAGAUGA